AUGAGUCAAGUUCAGAUUAGACAAAUAUCGGCGAAAUCCUUCUCCAAUAAUCAGCAAGUUAUGGGUUCAUGGUUUCCAACGGGUUAUUAUGGUCAUUUUCGAGCAAAAUCUCGAAUUGAUAUAUGCAAUGAUUUUCGUCAGCUUGCACGUCCAGAUCCACCGAGAAAAUUUCUAGAACGACAAAAUUCUGAAGCUUCUACACAUAAGUUUUCACAGCAUGAUAAUAAGUUUAAAUUUGAAUGUGAUCCACUUGUUCGAAGUACUCAACCAGGUUUUGGUAGGCGAAAAUUAAAAACAAAUGCACAAGGAAAAUUCGAUCCAAUGUUUAUUGGUUGGAUUCCAAAAAAUGUCGACCGAAAUCAAUACAUUGAAAAUACGAAAACAACUUCCUAUGCAUAUGAUUAUAAUCCGAAUUCGACGUCACUGCAAUUUUUUUCAAAUCUUGAAUCAAUUCAUUCGCCAUCCAGUACCAAUAAGCUGAGUGUUUAUUCCUCUGUUUUCAAUCAUGGUCAACCUGAUAGAGAGCAAUCGAAACAAGUCCGCCAAGAAACAUUUCAAAGAUAUUCUUCGGCUUUAACCCGUCGUUUCGAAAUCAAACGCACCGAUCGUAGCACAAGUGUAGCCUCAUGUCUUAUAUGGAACACGGGAAAUGAUGAAAAUAAAUUAACUACAACUAAUAAUGAGCCAACGAUUAGUACGAAUCCAUCAAAUUCUAAUAUUCAAGAAAAUGAUUCGUCUGUAGUUAAUCAAGGAAAGCCAUAUCAAUGUCAACCUAUGCAAACAUUUACAACAGGUGUGAUGACAUCACGAGACAAUCGUAAUAAUCAAGUAAAAUCAUCAUGUCAACGAGCGACUUCAUUAAAAGAGACACGUACAAAUAGCAUGGAUAAUCUUAUUACAAAAUAUAUGUAA